GAUGACAGGUACAAUUCUCUGCCCUUGUCCUCAUUUCAUUAUUAGCACCUUUUUCUGGUGUCUGUUGUUCCAUGUAAUACAGGUUAUAAUUUUCCUUUUCUCUAUAUAUAUCCCCUUUGUCAUAAUAACACUAUAUUUCAUAUUUUGUUACAAAACUUUUUCAAUGUCAGUACAUAGUUAUUGCUUCUCUAUUAGAAUUUAGAAUUAUGUUACCAUAAACUUAGAAAAAUUGAGAAAAUCUUCCUUCUUAAUUGCAACCACCAUAGCAUAUAUGAGAUAAGGAUUAAACGCAAUCAUAGCAGGACGCUGUAAUUGUUCUCAACCGUCCUUCUUCAAAAAAAAAAUUGUUCUCAACCGUCCGAUCAAAGACCAACGGCCGAGAUCGUUUCAGAUAAAAAGACACAAUUUCUAAUCUAGGUCGUCUGAUCUUUGAUUGACGGUUUAGAUUAAAAAUAGUGCGCAAUAAUUACUGCAGCCAACCUUGAUCCAGCAUAUAUCUCUCUAUUUAUUGCAUUGAAAAGCAUAUUUUUCAGUUGAGAGCAUCAUAGGGAAAUGGAAGAUUACAUUAAAAAGACAAUUGUGGUUGGAGUUUUAUCAUGGACAACAACUUUUGUAGUAGUAAGGAAAACAUUUCCAAAACGUUCAUUUGAUUUUUGCAAUAGGAUUGUUUCUACAAUUCAUGCAAUUUUAGCUGUAACAUUAGCUACUCUAUCUGUUCAAGAUUGGAAAUGUCCAAUUUGUCCUGUGGCCGCAAAAUCUUCACAUCAACAGAUGCAAGCUCUAGCAGUGAGCCUUUCAUAUCUAAUAUAUGAUCUAGUAUGUUGUUUAUUAAUGGAAGAAAAAGUAAGUUGGGAUAACACUAUUCAUCAUUUGGUAAGCAUUGUUGGAGUCAUAGCUGGUCUCUCCUAUCAAAAGUGUGGAUCAGAAAUGAUGGGAGCAGCAUGGGUAACUGAGAUGUCAAGUCCAUUUUUACAUUUGAGGGAAAUUCUAAAGGAGCUUGGUUAUAGGGACACUCCCCUUAAUUUGGCUGCUGAUAUUCUAUUUGCUUCAAUAUUUACAUUUGCUAGGAUGAUGAUUGGACCAUGUAUCACAUACGUAACAUUAACUUCAAAUAAUCCAUUUCUCAUAAAGGCUAUGGGAUUGAGUUUGCAGUUGGUAUGUGCAUUCUGGUUCUUCAAAAUUGUGAGAAUGAUGAAAUACAAAUUAACCAAGAAGAAAUCACCAACAUCCAAAAAUGGCAUCAAACACACCAACAACAUCAUGAAAAAGAUAGCUAACUAGCUCACAAUUUCAACAUAGCUGGAAAUCAAUCAGGGGCAAACACAAUCGUAAAAGAAAAUUAUUUAGACACACAUUCAAUGAAAGAAAAUUAAAACAAAAUACAAUCUAGUCACAUAAUUUAAUAUUAUUUAGUGAUUUUUCCUUUUAAAUUUUUUAUUUUAUGUGUGUCCAUAUGAUUUUAAUUUGGAGUUGUGUUCAAGUAAGUAUUUAUCAUCAAUGAGUGUUUAAGAA